AUGGAAAGAUCAAUUACAGCUUUCUCGUUUGCGCUGCUUGCUUCUUUAACUUCAGCACUAGUCCUUGUGGUUCAAGCCCAACCAGGUUUUAUCAGCAUCGAUUGUGGGGCACCCAAUGACUACACAGAUGAAAACACUAAUAUGACAUAUAAAGUGGAUGAUGGGUUCAUAGGCUCUGGGAAAAACAUGUCAAUAUCCGGGUUGAUAUAUCAAAGUAAUCUACGGUGUACAAAUUUAAGGUUUUUUCCGGAUGGAUUGAGGAAUUGUUACACUUUGAGACCAGACCAAGGCAAGAAUGGAAAAUACUUGAUUAGGGCAUUAUUUUGUUACGGGAAUUAUGAUGGGAAGAAUCAGGCUCCUUUAUUCGACCUAUACAUCGAUGUUAAUUAUUGGGCCACGGUGGGUGCCUCCUCUGCUAUUGUCGAAGAGAUCAUUUAUGUGCCCAAGGCAGAUGACAUACGAGUGUGUCUUGUGAAAACUGGCAACGGAGUGCCCUUUAUUUCGGCAUUGGAACUAAGAGCUUUGGACGAUGACGUCUAUCCACUGGAAUCUGGGUUCUUGCAAUUAAGUACGCGGAUCAACCUGGGACAAACCUCGGUGGUAAAUUGGUUCAGGCGCCAGUCGUGGACAACAGAUGCACAACCGACCAACGAUGCGACAUCAUUGCCAGGGGCACCACCGAAGAUAUGGAUUGUGUACUUACAUUUCAUGGAGAUUGAGAGACUGAGUGGCCCGCAGAGGGAGUUCACAAUUUCCAUGAACGAUAAUCAAUUCGCGGAGACGGUGAGCCUUGAAUACUUAAAGCCAGUGGUUGUAGUUUCUCGUCCAGUUAAAUGGCCAGUUAUCACCCUCUCGAUUAAUUCGAUGAAUAAGUCUGGAAAUCCACCGAUCCUCAAUGCCAUGGAGAUCUAUAACGUUGUUGAUCUUCCAAAUGUACCCACAGCACAUGAUGAUGGAGACAUAGGCUAUAGAAAUACCACCCUAAUAUGUGGAAACAUUUUGCUUUUGGCUAUUCCCAGAGAUUUGUCCAACAAUCAGCUUACGGGAGCAAUACCAAAAACUCUAGCUGAAUUACCACAUCUUAGCUUUCUAAAUUUAAGUGGAAACAACCUGACUGGAUCAAUUCCUGAAGCUCUUAAGAAUAGGGUUCGGGACAGUACUUUAAACAUGAGUUUGACAGGAAACGUGCAUCUUUGCCUGGCUGAUCCUUGCCCACGUAAGAAGAAACAAGAGACCAUACUUGUUACUGUUACAUCAGUUUCAAGCUUCUGUGGGGCUCUCUUUAGUGCUUUGGCAAUUAUUUGGUUAAUCAAAUGGAAACAGACUUGUUCUAAAACUAGUGAGGCAUUUGAACAAAUGCCAGAAUCUAGUGAGAGGACACCGAGAUUAAAGAAUCGACCUUUUGAGUAUGGAGAGGUCUCAAAAAUCACUGGGAACUUUGGACAAGUGAUAGGUAAAGGUGGAUUUGGAAAUGUAUAUCUUGGCACACUAGAUAACGGCACCAUGGUUGCUGUGAAGAUGCUCUCUGAAUCAUCAAAACAAGGGUACAAAGAAUUUCAAGCUGAGGCACAACUCUUAGCGAUUCUACACCACGGAAAUUUGGUUUCCUUGUUUGGAUAUUGCGAUGAUUCCAAGCACAUGGCAUUAGUAUAUGAAUACAUGGCCAAUGGAAAUUUGAGGCAACAUUUGUCAGAGGACCAUCCGAAGAUCUUGACAUGGAGUAAGAGACGACAAAUAGCUGUGGAUGCAGCACAAGGUUUGGAUUAUUUGCAUAAUGGUUGCAAGCCACCCAUCAUCCAUAGAGACUUGAAGACUUCAAACAUUUUGUUGAAUGAAGACUUCCAAGCCAAAUUAGCUGAUUUUGGCCUAUCAAGAGCUUUUGCAUCUGAAAAUGACUCUCAUGUGUCAACUCGUCCUGCCGGCACCUUUGGCUACCUCGGCCCCGAGUUUCAAUCUUCUGGAAAUCGUGACAAGAAGAGUGAUGUUUACAGUUUCGGAAUUGUACUCUUUGAGUUAAUCACAGGCCAACCUGCAGUAAUGAGAAGCCAGGAUGGCUGCGACUUCAUUCACAUACUUGAAUGGCUAAUUCCCAUCAUUGAAAGUGGUGAUAUACAUAGGAUUAUGGAUCCUAGGUUACAAGGAAAAUUCAACAUCAACUCGGCUUGGAAAGUGGUGGAGAUUGCUAUGUCUUGUACACAACCAAGGGCGAUUCAAAGGCCAGACAUAAAUCAUGUAUUGGCAGAGUUGAGGGAGUCUUUGGCUUGGACUGCUGAUUUCUUGGGCGAAGUUGGGCUGAACUUCACGUGGACUCUCUUUGGAUGGGCUGGAAUUACACGAACUGGGCUGCUGAUUGAAGAUGGGCUGUUCGGCUUCGCUGGAAUUUGCUGGGCUAAUCCACGAGCGAAGAUGAGAGCUGCUGGGCCGUUGCUGCGGGCGGGCUGA